AUAAGCACAGUCUAUGUUUACCUGUUCUUUUGUCAACAAGAACAAGCAUUUGCUUCGUACCGAUGCCGGCGUCCACGCUUUUCGUCGGUGCGUUGGCUCGGCAGAGUUGCCACGUUCAAACUCCGUACACCCACCGGUCACCCACUGGUCACUCUGGAAAGUGCGAGAGUCUGGCGGAGUGCAAGCCCUGUAUCGAUUUGCGGGGAAUUUUACCAAGUCUCGCGUUCCAGGACAACGCUCAAUGUCCAUUGUACCUGCAAUCCUCCGUGUCUGACCAACUUACCUACGCGACGCUGAGAAUUCUCGAUGGAAGCGCAACACCACCACUCACGAUCGCGGUCUCGAUCUCCGCGCCAACACGAACACAAACAUUCUCGCCAUCGCCAGCGCUCCCCUCGACAUCGACACCAAACGCAGGCUCUCUCCAAACCCCUACCCUUCUCCGCCCGUGAGAUCUCUAGACAUGGUCUCCCCACCUAUCGACCCAUGUUCAGCCUCUAUCUCGACAUACAGAAACAAAUUGACAUCGACACGCUCGACGAGACCGAGGUAAAAGGUCGUUGGAAGAGCUUCGUAGGAAAAUGGAAUCGAGGAGACCUCGCAGAGGGAUGGUAUGAUCCCAAAACACUCGAGAAAGCGCAGGCUUCUGCUUCCGCGUCUACCUCCUCUCGCAACGCAAAUGCCACCCGUCACGAUCACCGCGCCCCCAUUCCAGGUUCAAGAAAAGAAGGUGAACAGCAAGGAAAAUACGACGACGAAGACGACGACGAAGACGACGACGAAGACGACGACGAUGACGAAGUAGACUACGGUCCUGCCCUGCCCGGCUCUGGCUUGACACUUGGGCACGAAAUUUCGCGGGGCGCACGAGGCCACGGCGCAGCCAUACCCUCCCUGCACGACCUCCAGUCCCGUGACGAGGAAGCCCGAGAAGACGCGUCCACCCACCGUGCCCAACACGCUCAGGCUCUCUGGCAAGACCGCAUCCUUGAUCGAAAGGCACAAAAAGACCGACUCGAUGAGCUCAUACCCCGCGCCGAACCAGGCACACGUGAACGCCAACUCGAGAAGAAGCGCGAAAAGGCUGAAACGAACCGUGCGUUCGCCGAGAGUAAAGAAGGUGGCGGGGACAUGGACCUGCGCGAAGGCGAAGUGAUGGGCGAGGAGGAUAGUAUUGGCGAGCUGAAGAGAAUGCAGAAAGAAAACGAGCGGCGCAAGAACGAGCGAGAACUGCGCAAGGAGGAAAUCCUCCGAGCCCGCCGCGCAGAAAGAGAAGCCCGUGUGGCGGGCAUGAAAGAGAAAGAGGAACGUACGAUGAGCAUGUUCAAGGAGAUUGCCCGGCAGCGGUUUGGACGUGGAAGUGGUUGUGGAGGCGGAGAUGGACCAGGACUAGAACCGGGGUAUUCAUGACACAAACUCAAAAGUAAACAGCAAAAGUUCUGAGUAUUCAAAGUAAUCCAGUAUAGAGACCAAGUUAACUAGCGUUGAGAGCAGCAACUGCUUCGGC